GUUUAGGUUAUCAAAGCGCUCCCCCCGCCAUUGUCACUAUCAUCUCCACAUCAACAGAAUUCAUCAAACCCUAGAAUCAAAAAGGAAACUCAGCCCCCAUAGCUUUCUUCACAGUUCAUUUCCUCAAAGAUCUCAUCGUUCACCAUCGGACUUUAUGCUUCCUGGAAAGAGAUCAGCUGGAGGAGAGGUAGUAGUGGAUGAAUCUUUGAUCAAGAGAACUAAAAUUGACAGCUUGAUCUCGUCAGCCGCUGCCCCCACUGCCGCCGCCAGCACAAGCACCGGGACUUCUUCGACAGCAGCAACCAUGGGAGGAGGAAACAACCCUAAUGGUACCACCAAUGGUAAAUUGCCCAUUGGUGGUGAUUGGAACCAAUCAGAUAUUGAUGAGGAUCUUCAUAGUCGACAGCUUGCAGUGUAUGGUCGGGAGACUAUGAGGCGGCUAUUUGCAUCUAAUAUUCUAGUCUCUGGGAUGCAGGGCCUUGGUGCUGAAAUCGCAAAGAACCUUAUUCUUGCUGGUGUCAAGUCUGUGACAUUGCAUGAUGAGGGAACCGUUGAGUUGUGGGAUUUAGCUAGCAAUUUCAUUUUCACGGAGGAUGAUCUGGGAAAGAACAGAGCUCUUGCUUCUAUCCAGAAAAUGCAAGAACUGAACAAUUCAGUGGUUAUUUCUACUUUAACUACUGAAUUAACUACAGAGCAGCUGUCUGAGUUUCAGGCUGUUGUGUUCACAGAUAUUAGCUUGGAGAAAGCAAUUGAAUUUGAUAAUUUCUGCCAUAGACACGAGCCUCCGAUUGCUUUUAUAAAAUCUGAAGUACGAGGUCUUUUUGGUAGUGUGUUUUGUGACUUUGGCCCUAAGUUCACCGUUUCUGAUGUAGAUGGAGAGGAUCCACACACAGGCAUUAUUGCAUCCAUAAGCAAUGAUAACCCUCCUCUCAUCACUUGUGUAGAUGAUGAGAGGCUUGAAUUUCAGGAUGGAGAUCUAGUUGUAUUUUCUGAAGUUCAUGGGAUGUCAGAACUAAAUGAUGGGAAGCCAAGAAAGGUAAUAAACGCAAAGCCUUACUCAUUCAGCAUUGAAGAAGAUACCACAAAGUAUGGUACAUAUACGAAGGGUGGAAUUGUCACUCAGUUGAAACAACCAAAGGUGUUGAAAUUUAAGCCAUUGCAAGAAGCCCUUACAAAUCCUGGUGAAUUUCUUCUUAGUGAUUUCUCCAAAUUUGAUCGCCCUCCACUCUUACAUUUGUUGUUUCAAGCAUUGGAUAAGCUUGUAUCUGAGUUGGGCCGAUAUCCUGUUGCUGGAUCUGAAGAAGAUGCUCAGAAAUUGAUUUCUUUGGUAACCAGCAUGAACAGUGAACUGAAAGAUGGAAAGGUUGAAGAUGUUGACCAGAAACUUGUUCGAAACUUCGCAUUUGGUGCAAGGGCUGUGUUGAAUCCCAUGGCGGCCAUGUUUGGUGGUAUUGUUGGACAGGAAGUUGUUAAGGCUUGCUCUGGGAAGUUCCAUCCACUGCUUCAGUUUUUCUAUUUUGACUCCCUUGAGUCUCUUCCUGUUGAGCCCUUGGAUCCCAAUGAUUUGAAGCCUUUAAAUAGUCGUUAUGAUGCUCAGAUCUCUGUGUUUGGGGCUAAGCUGCAGAAACAAUUAGAGGAAGCUAAAGUUUUUGUUGUGGGAUCUGGUGCACUGGGCUGUGAAUUUUUGAAAAAUUUAGCAUUGAUGGGGGUUUCUUGUGGUAAUGGGGGGAAGCUAACAAUUACUGACGAUGAUGUUAUUGAGAAGAGCAACCUUAGCAGGCAGUUCCUUUUUCGAGAUUGGAACAUUGGGCAAGCUAAAUCAACUGUUGCUGCGACAGCUGCUUCCUUGAUAAACCCUGGUCUUCAUAUUGAGGCACUUCAAAAUCGCGCCAGCCCUGAUACUGAAAACGUGUUUGACGAUACUUUCUGGGAAAAUCUUAGUGUUGUUGUCAAUGCUCUGGACAAUGUGACUGCAAGGCUCUACAUUGAUCAGAGGUGCUUGUAUUUUCAGAAACCACUUCUAGAGUCCGGAACUUUAGGUGCCAAGUGUAACACACAGAUGGUUAUCCCCCACUUGACAGAGAACUAUGGUGCCUCUAGGGACCCACCUGAGAAGCAAGCACCCAUGUGUACAGUGCAUUCAUUCCCGCACAAUAUUGACCACUGCUUGACAUGGGCUCGAUCAGAGUUUGAAGGAUUGCUUGAGAAGACACCAGCUGAAGCAAAUGCAUAUCUGUCUAAUCCAAGUGAAUAUACUUCUGCAAUGGAAAAAGCUGGUGAUGCCCAGGCAAGGGAUAACUUGGAUCGUGUCCUUGAAUGCCUAGAAAAGGAGCGAUGCGAAUCAUUUAUAGACUGCAUAACGUGGGCCCGCCUAAAGUUUGAAGACUACUUUGCUAAUCGUGUGAAACAGCUCACCUACACUUUCCCGGAGGAUGCUGUUAACAGUAGCGGGACACCUUUCUGGUCAGCCCCCAAACGUUUCCCUCGCCCCCUGCAGUUCUCUGUUGAGGACCAAAGCCAUCUUCACUUUGUUAUGGCAGCAUCUAUACUACGAGCAGAAACAUAUGGCAUUCCAAUUCCUGACUGGGUGAAGUCUCCUUCCAAGUGUGCUGAUGCUGUUAGCAAAGUGAUCGUCCCUGAUUUCGAACCCAAGAAAGAUGUAAAGAUUGUAACGGAUGAAAAAGCUACUAGUAUGUCCACUGCAUCAAUUGAUGACUCUGCUGUAAUAAACGAUUUGAUCAUGAAGUUAAAAUUGUGCCACCAGAAGCUGCCACCAGGUUUCAGGAUGAACCCAAUUCAGUUUGAGAAGGAUGAUGACACCAAUUAUCAUAUGGAUCUAAUUGCUGGACUUGCCAAUAUGAGAGCCAGAAAUUACAGUAUCCCUGAAGUUGAUAAGCUGAAGGCCAAGUUUAUUGCUGGAAGGAUCAUCCCUGCUAUAGCAACUGCAACUGCCAUGGCUACUGGCUUUGUCUGCCUAGAGCUCUACAAGGUCCUCAAUGGAGGUCACAAAGUGGAGGAUUAUAGGAACACCUUUGCCAACCUGGCACUUCCUCUGUUCUCCAUGGCUGAGCCUGUUCCACCAAAGGUGAUUAAACACCAGGAUCUGAGCUGGACGGUUUGGGACCGUUGGAUCGUGAAAGAUAAUCCGACAUUAAGAGAGCUUCUUCAAUGGUUAAAAAACAAAGGGCUGAAUGCUUAUAGCAUAUCUUGUGGGAGUUGCUUGCUUUACAACAGCAUGUUUCCAAGGCACAAAGAUAGGAUGGAUAAGAAGAUGGUGAAUCUUGCCAAGGAAGUGGCGAAAGCGGAUCUGCCGCCAUACAGACGACAUUUUGAUGUGGUGGUGGCUUGUGAGGAUGAUGAUGAUGCCGAUGUUGAUAUCCCGCAGGUCUCGAUAUACUUCAGGUAGAUUGUGAUUGGUCCUUUGGUUCCAGUUGGAGUUGGUUUUAAACAACAGCAGCAGCAGCAGAAUGUGAUACAUUUUAUGGAAAAUUACUAUUAAAACCAAGGUUUAUGUACAAGAUUAUGUUCAACAUCAUGCAAUAUUCAUUUUGUUUUACUUUGUCUGGCC